GGGCAAACUUAUCACAACGACAGCGUGACCUCCUCCAUCCUUUCUACCUGUUCGUCUUUUGUCGUAGAUUUUUUUUUAUUUCCAUUUUUCUCCUUUUGUAUUAACAAUAGUGUAGGCCUUUCUUUCUUGUCUAACCCUUCUUUCUCUUUUUAUCGUCGGAAAUAAUCAUAUAACAAUUAAACGAAGAAACUUAUAUGGCAGAUAUCAACGAAAAUACCAUUACUACAAACUCUUCUCUCAACAGUAAAUCAGUAGUUUUGCAUAAUAACGAGAGCAACUGCCAAGCGAACGAUUUUUCAGAACAGGAAGAGAGUGACAUUACAGAAACGAGGCCUAAUAAUGGUCACAAUGACGAGGAAGAGAGUGGCAAUGCAAACGCAAUAGCUUGUUCUCCAGCACUUUCAGAACAGUGUCGACAACGCUUAUCGAUAGAAGAUUCUGCUUCUGAGGAAGAUGUGACAGAUGAGCAUAGCAAUAACACACCGCUUAUUUUUCAGUCUUGUAGGAUGGAGCCAACUCCUCAUGUGGGGAAGGUUACGGUGGUUGGAGAUGACAAUGAAGCACGUGCAGUGGAAACGGAUACAGUCGAAGUAGAAAAUCAGAAGCAGAGUCCGCAGAGACUACCGAGUGAUACUGACAAUACCCAUCAUGCGACUGCAGUUAGCGAAGAGUCACCAGAAGAAGUGAGAAGAGAAUCAUGUCAAGAAUACCAGCAAACAAGGGACGAGCAAACACAAAAACCAUCUUCGAUCAUUGCUCCAGAACCAACGCAUCACCUAGGAUUAGGCCCUACAGAUACAUAUUCCCCUGGAACGGCAAGUUCUAUCACUACUAUGCCAUCACACCAUCCUAGCUCCUCUGGUACCGGUACGAGUAACAGAGGGAGAAGUGUGAGUAAUGUGACACCAAGCACAUUUUACAGCAGCAGCAAUAGCAGCAGUAACCACACCCAGAUAGACAGCACGGCUACCACUACUACUGCUAGUAUGAACAGUGACUCUACUGCUACUACGUUACCGCCCAGAUCGCAACGUAUAUGGGAAAUGGAUCGACAAGCAUCAGAAUGUAGGAGAUGUCAUCGAAAAUUCAAUUUCCUAGUGAGAAGACAUCAUUGUCGACGCUGCGGUCAGAUUGUUUGUGAUAAAUGCAGUUCAAAUAGGUUAAGACUUCCAGUCGAAGAGUUAAUUGAAGAUCCUAUGAUAUCCCUCUCCCAAUACCCAUUACUCGCUUCACAAUAUCAACGAGUGUGCGAUACAUGUUAUCGUGAGCCUAUACGAAGAUCUUCUGAAUCAUCAUCCUCUUAUUAUAACAGAAGUCGCCAUCUUUAUGGUAGUCCUAGUAGAAGUCGAACGGUACCCUCCAUGCGACAGCAACAGCAACAGCAGAUGCAGCGAACAGAUAGCUCGCAAAGCUUGAUGAUUGAUUGUCCUGUUUGCGGAAAUAGCUUUUUAGGGAUGCAAAAAAUGGAGCAGGAAGAGCACUUAAAACAGUGCCUAAAUGUAGGAAGUCCGCCUGUCCAUGCACCAAGAUACAUUGUGUACAAAUUGAAAGAAGAGUCAACUCAGAUUGGUGAUGAAUGUCCUAUUUGUUUUGAUGAGUUCGAAGAAGGUACGUUCUUUUUAUAUGCAAAAAGGGGUUAUGAGAAGGUGUGAUGAUUGGAAUAAACAGAAGGUAUUGACAUGUAGUACAUAAUCGAACUUUUUUUCGUAGGUGAUAAAAUAGCAAGAAUGAUCUGCUUGUGUUCUUAUCAUCAACGUUGUCUAUCAUCUUGGUUACAGAGGGGGAAAGGCUGUCCUGUCCAUUAUGACUCAGUUCAAGUAUAAAAGCUCUAUUUCUUGAUCGAAUAUAUUUAUUAUCCUUUCCUUUUUUUUUUUUUUUUUCUUUUU